AUGCGGCUGCGUUUUCAGGCACGGGCGGCCUCCGCGGCUCGGGGGCCCCCGGACACGCAGUGCGCCUGCUUCCCGUCUGGCGGUCGAGGGCUCCGGCGCAGCGGCGAACACACUCGCCCGGGCUCCCGCUCCGGACAGCUCCGGCCUGCCCGCAAGGAAGCGGGAGGACAGCCCCAGCGUUACCUGCUGCAGCAUGGUUGCCUUUCCCCACGGACUCUAUCUGGAUUUACAGACAGACCUAAAUUGCCUGAUAACUACACCCAAGACACCUGGCAGAAGCUUCAUGAGGCAGUGAAAGCCAUACAGAGUAGCACCUCCAUCAGAUACAACCUGGAAGAGCUGUACCAGGCUGUUGAAAAUCUUUGUUCUCACAAAGUUUCGCCAACACUCUACCAGCAGCUGCGCCAGGUCUGUGAAGCUCACGUCCAAGCACAAAUUCUUCAGUUUCGAGAAGACUCACUAGAUAGUGUUUUGUUUUUGAAGAAGAUUAACACGUGCUGGCAGGAUCACUGCAGACAGAUGAUCAUGAUCAGAAGCAUUUUCCUGUUUCUGGAUCGCACUUACGUACUUCAGAAUUCCAUGCUUCCCUCCAUCUGGGAUAUGGGGUUAGAACUGUUCAGAAACCACAUUAUCAGUGAUAAAAUGGUUCAGACUAAAACAAUCGAUGGAAUCCUGCUGCUGAUUGGACGGGAGCGCAGCGGGGAGGCCGCGGACCGGAGCCUGCUGCGGAGUCUGCUGAGCAUGCUCUCCGACCUGCAGGUGUAUAAAGAUUCAUUUGAAGUGAAGUUUUUGGAAGAAACUAAUUGUUUAUAUGCUGCAGAAGGCCAAAGAUUAAUGCAAGAAAGAGAGGUUCCGGAAUAUCUUAACCAUGUAAGUAAACGUUUGGAGGAGGAAGGAGACCGAGUGAUCACGUAUUUAGACCACAGCACACAGAAACCGCUGAUUGCCUGUGUGGAGAAACAGCUGCUGGGGGAGCACCUAACGGCCAUCCUGCAGAAAGGGCUGGACCACCUGCUUGACGAGAACAGAGUGCCCGACCUCACCCAGAUGUACCAGCUGUUCAGCCGCGUGCGGGGCGGCCAGCAGGUGCUGCUGCAGCACUGGAGCGACUACAUCAAGACUUUUGGGACAACAAUUGUUAUCAAUCCCGAAAAAGAUAAGGACAUGGUGCAGGACCUCCUGGACUUCAAGGACAGAGUGGACCACGUGAUAGAAGUGUGCUUCCAGAGGAACGAGAAGUUCGUCAGCCUGAUGAAGGAGUCCUUCGAGGCGUUUAUCAACAAGAGGCCAAACAAGCCUGCAGAGCUGAUCGCAAAGCAUGUUGACUCAAAACUGAGAGCGGGUAACAAGGAGGCCACGGACGAGGAGCUGGAGAGGAUCCUGGACAAGAUCAUGAUCAUCUUCAGGUUCAUUCACGGUGAGACGGGCUCCCCCCAGCCCCCAUCCUGGUCACACACACCCCCGCCCCCGCCCCCGGCACACAUGCACCCCACCCCCCGCCCCGGCACAGCCACGCCCCGCCCCCCGUUUGGAAAAAGUGCCUCCGUCGAUGCUGAAAAAUCUAUGCUGUCGAAACUAAAGCACGAGUGCGGGGCCGCCUUCACCAGCAAGCUGGAGGGCAUGUUCAAGGACAUGGAGCUCUCCAAGGACAUCAUGGUUCACUUCAAGCAGUACAUGCAGAAUCAGAGCGAGCCGGGCUCCAUAGAGCUGACAGUUAACAUCCUCACGAUGGGGUACUGGCCGACCUACACACCCAUGGACGUGCACCUGACUCCCGAAAUGGUUAAACUUCAAGAGGUGUUCAAGGCAUUUUACCUUGGGAAGCACAGUGGUCGAAAACUUCAGUGGCAAACUACGUUGGGGCACGCUGUGUUAAAAGCAGAGUUUAAAGAAGGGAAGAAGGAGUUCCAGGUGUCGCUCUUCCAGACACUGGUGCUUCUCAUGUUCAACGAGGGGGACGGAUUCAGCUUUGAAGACAUCAGAGUGGCCACGGGCAUAGAGGACGGCGAGCUGCGGAGGACGCUGCAGUCCCUGGCCUGUGGCAAAGCACGAGUGCUGGUCAAAAGCCCCAAAGGGAAGGAGGUGGAGGACGGGGACAGGUUCAUUUUUAAUGGCGACUUCAAGCACAAGUUGUUUCGCAUAAAGAUCAACCAGAUCCAGAUGAAGGAAACCGUGGAGGAGCAGGUCAGCACCACGGAGCGGGUGUUCCAGGACCGGCAGUACCAGGUUGACGCGGCCAUUGUCAGGAUAAUGAAGAUGAGGAAAACUCUGGGGCACAAUCUCCUGGUUUCCGAACUGUACAAUCAGCUGAAAUUCCCUGUGAAGCCUGGAGAUUUGAAAAAGAGAAUUGAAUCUCUCAUAGACAGAGACUACAUGGAGAGAGACAAAGACAGCCCGAACCAGUACCACUACGUGGCCUGAGGCUCACGGCUGUCUCCUCCGUGAGACACUAGAAUGUAUCUUCAGGGCAGAAAUGCUGUUUCCGGACUUCCUGGGGCUGAGCAGCAGGGAUGCUCUGGACUGGAGGAGAGGGUGGCUCCUGGAGGCCUCACGGGCUUGAGGGUUUGCAGACAGCACGGGCACCUUCCCCUCCACUUCUUCCUCUUGUUCUUUUAGGUGUUAAGUGGUUUCCAUUGCUCUGCAGAGUGACUUUGAGGUUGGACGAGAUGUUGGUUAAAAGGGCUCCUUUGUACGGUGGUGUUCUUAUGGCAAAAAGCUGAAAGUCUGGUGUGUUUUUGUGUGUGAUCAUGAAUGCACAGUUUACAGACCCUCCCCGCUGCGUCCUUUAGCCGCACAGAUGACAAGUCCCUGCAGACGUGCUGUCUUAGCUUGUCAGCAGUCAGGCUGAAGACGAGACCCCGGCUGGUGAAUGUUAGGAAGCAGCAGCCAGUGUUAAAAACCGGCUGACCGAUUAUGCAGCCUAAAACUAGCGUCUGUCUGCUCCACUUACUUCCACAAAGUUUUCUCUUGGACGCCUGGUUUUGCAUGACGAGGUUCCUCAGUGAGAUCUCUGAAGUGCUGA